AUGUGCGGAGAGUUUGUUGGCACGGUCCUUUUCCUAUACUUUGCACUAUCCGGCGCACAAGUCGCAAACAGUAUACCUUCAUCCGGAGGCCAGACAGUAGCGGAAGCAGGGAGCAACCCUCAGCAACUGCAGUACAUCGCACUCUGCUUUGGCUUCUCACUUGCUGUAAAUGCUUGGGUCUUCUUCAGAAUCAGUGGUGGUUUGUUCAAUCCAGCCGUCACAUUCGGAAUGUGUCUGAUUGGUGCCCUCCCCUGGGUCCGUGGUGGCCUUUUGUUCGUCACUCAAAUUCUUGGUGGUAUGGCUGCGGCUGGCCUGGUCCAGUGCAUGUUUCCUGGUGACCUUAACGUUCGGACUACUCUCGGUGGAGGCACCAGCAUUACGCAGGGUCUCUUCAUUGAGAUGUUCCUUACUGCCCAGUUGGUCUUCACCAUCUUUAUGUUGGCAGCUGAGAAGCACAAGGGUACUUUCAUCGCACCAGUGGGUAUUGGUCUUGCACUGUUCGUCACAGAGUUGUCCGGAGUGUACUUUACGGGUGGCUCACUGAACCCCGCACGCUCAUUCGGACCUGCUGUCGUUAACCUUGAGUUCGCACCUUACCAUUGGAUCUAUUGGCUUGGACCCAUCCUUGGAUCAAUCAUUGCGGCGGGCUUUUACAAGUUCAUCAAAAUUCUUGAAUAUGAGACGGCCAACCCAGGUCAGGACAUGGACCACGCUGCCAAGAUCGAGAAGAAGAAGAAUCUGUUGCUUGCUGCUGGUAUCAACGAGUAUGAUGCCCACGUGGUCGCUACAGAGCUUACUGAGAAGGCCGCUGUUGCUGAGUCUGGCGGUCCGGACGGUGGCAUCGUUGCUAAUGGUCAGGGUCGACGUGGUCAAGAGAUUAGCCCUGGCAUGUACGGUACACAAUUCCGUUCCAACUCUGACAUUAGCGACAAGCGCGGCUCCGGAAGCUCACAAUCGGGGAUUGUACAGCCCCAGCGUCCAAUGGCUGUGACUACAGGUAGUCAGGUUGGGAGGUUUAGUUACUUGGGUAGCCGUGGUGCCGUACCUGGUAACUCUGCACAAGUCCACGCCUUCAGAGCGGAAACGAGGCAGGACAGCCCCGCCAUGACGACGAACGAUGAGCUUUACGCUCCUCUACAACAUGGCGCUGACGUACCUCUGGGAGGUGCUGUUCUUGAGGCUGAACCUAGACAGAGGGUCAACAGGACACCGUCUAGCUUCGCAUGA